AAUCAACUUUUAUUCUGUUAUCAGAGAAUAUGAGAUCCAGUAAAGUCGUCAAACAGAGCCACUAAUAGAAAUUGGUGUUCUCAUCAUUUGUUUGUUAUUCUCUUGUCGCUCCUAAUAAAAAUAACCUUCAUUUCGAUACACAAGCACGUAUUAUAUAAAAAUUUGAUACAAUCAAAAAAGGAAAGAAAGGGUGAAAAAAGAAUAUCUUUGUGAAUAUGUCGGCUUGGAAUAAAUUGAAAACAUUGCCAAAAUUGGUGAUGACGACAACUUCAUCACCAUACCGAACGUUGUCAACGUCAUCGGCCUUGUCAAAGGAUGAUUCGUGGCUGAGCAAAUUAUUGGUUCGUAAAAUUGAACCAACCAAAGAAUCUCACAGUCGGAUGUUGAGCGACAAAGAGGUCAUUUAUGCACUUCAUACGCAUAAUGUACGACCCGAUUCCAAAACCAAAUAUUUGGAAAAUUACAAAAAGACAACCGCAUUGAUUCACUCGAAAAAAGAUGAAAUUUCAUCCGAUUUGAUUGGUUCAUGGACUGUCCAUGUCGGCGAUAUGGAUCAGUGUUUGCAUUUGUGGAAAUAUACGGGUGGCUUUGAGAAAAUUGAUGCAGCUCAUCGCAUUUUAGAAAAUGAUAAAGAUUAUCAAUCGCUUGAAAAAGAACGUGGAGUAUUGAUGCGUUCGCGUCAUUUACAAUAUAUGCUUCAGUUCAGCUACUGGCCACAAAUUAAAUUACGUGAUCCGUCUCAUAUUUAUGAAAUGCGUUCAUAUCGCUUAAAACCAGGGACCAUGAUCGAAUGGGGUAACAAUUGGGCCAGAGGUAUCCAAUAUCGUCAAGCUGGCGAUGUGCCAUUCGCCGGUUUUUUCUCGCAAAUCGGACGUCUUUACAAUGUUCAUCACAUUUGGUGCUAUAAAUCAUUUCAGGAUCGUAAAGAAAGCCGUGAGGCUGCUUGGCGAGCACCUGGCUGGGAUGAGUGUGUGGCUUACACUGUACCACUUAUAAGAGAAAUGCACACUCGCAUCUUACGACCAACUGAUUUCUCGCCAACCCAAUAAAUAUGUUCAAUCACCAAACACCUCUUUUCUAUGAUUUGUUUACGUUUGAAUGAAAUUGAGAAUAAAUGCUGCAAGAACUACAGUGGAGCAUUGCAACAUUGCAGUUGUUUUUUCUCCACAAACAUCUAUAAUCUAUAUAUUAGAGGCAGCACACUGACUUGAAAAAACGAUGAUAAAUAUUUGGAAAAAAAUCAAUUAUAUAAUAUUAAUCCAAAUUCAUUGCACAAAAUAUUCAAAUUCGGUGUGAAAAAAGUACUUUCUCAAUUCUGUGCAAAUCUCGAAAAUAAUGGAAAAAAACACAAACAUUUAAUAUCCAUGAUUUUCACUUUAUCGUAAUUAACCUUUAUCGUAGAUCAAUGUGAAAAUCACCUUAUCAUUAAAAGAAACUGAUGAUUAAAAUGAAGCAUUUAAACAUUUGAA